AUGAAGAAAUCAAUCACCUUUAUCAUGAUCAUGAUCAUGUGUAUGGUUGUUAACAUUGUUAAAGGGCAACCUGAUUGGUGGAAUGAUAGAGUGAAUCAAGGACAAAUAUUAAGUACAACAGUUGAGCCUGAAUCAAGUUUAAUGGCCACUGUUGGAAAUGGAUAUGCUAGUUAUGUGGUCGGAGGUGAUUUCAUUUAUAUUGGUGGUAUAUUCAACGGACCUGAAUUAUCAAUUAAAAAUGUAUCACAUCGUGCAGCUUUUCCAAACUAUCAAAAUAUCGUCGUAGAGAAUAGUGAUGUUAAACUUGAAUAUGCUGGAUUGGAUAUUGAAAAUGCUACCUAUACAAGAGUAUUCUCGUUUGCAUCGUCGCCGUCGGUCACUGUUGAACAGGUAUUCUAUGCAUCGCAAACUGACCGUAACACAUUGAUUCAAGAGAUUACUAUUGACAAUACAAAUGGUGACGGGUCAUUUGUGUUGCAAUUAAAUAAUCCUACUGAUUUGGAGGUAUCUGAUGACUUGGAGAUCGAGGUUGUUUACAGCGAUGAUACAGCCACCCAAUACUUGGCAUGUAUCAAGCAACCAGAGGUCAACUUUACAACAUGUGCUGCUGUUACAACGGCGACGUUGAAUGGGACCGUAGAGGUUUCCGCAGGCCAGAAAUACACAGUCUACUAUGUCACUGCAUUCUACUCCAACUUGGAAGACAGUACCGGCAACAACGACCUUAUCAGUGUUUGUGCCGGUAUCUUCAAACAAAUCUAUUCAGAGAUUGACCAGAUGUUGCAAAUACACAAAGACGCAUGGGCUCAUCUUUGGCAAUCGGACAGCAGUUCUACGCCACCGGCGAUUUGUUCUGGCUCAAAAAACUAUGCAUUCCAAUCGAUUGUUGGCAUGGCCGAAUUUUGGGCCAGCCGUGUUUUAUUCGACACUGACACACAGCAAUACGUCAUCAACGGUGUCAUUCCACCCGACGAGUAUGCCAUCGGCGUCAAUAACAGUGUCUAUACCAAUGUUGUAGCCAGUAUUGCCUUGGAGUGGGCUAUCGAAGCUGCCCAGCUCAUCGGCAAGACCGAGUCGAUUCCCGCCGGACUCUGGCAAACCAUCGCCGACAAUAUCAAGAUCCCCUUUGACUCGGUCAACCAGCGUCACCCAGAGUACGACGGCUACAAAGGUCAAACGAUCAAACAAGCCGACGUCAUUCUACUCGGGUUCCCAUUAAUGUACAAUAUGACACCAGAGGUACGUCAAAACGACUUGGCCUACUAUGAGACGGUCACCAAUUCACAGGGACCUGCCAUGACUCACUCAAUGUACACUAUCGGUUGGUUGGAGCUAGGCAAUACCACCAAAGCAUCUGAAUCAUGGCCUCUGUCCUAUGCCAACGCACAACAACCAUUCAAGAUUUGGACAGAGACGCCAACAGGUGGUUGUGUCAACUUUAUCACAGGUGCUGGAGGUUGGUUACAAGCUUUGCUAUUUGGGUAUGGUGGUCUUAGAAUCCAUCAAGACCAAUACUACUUCUACUCUCCACAACUACCACCCAAUACAACUAGUUUAAAGAUUAGAGGGUUCUCUUACAAUAGUGCUACAUUCAACAUGUAUUGGGACGAUGCAUCGGUAGAGAUUGAACUUACCAGUCCUGUCUCUAUCCACUUUUUCAAUCUAGAGUAUGAUGGAAGUGUUCAAAGAUUACAUUUAAAUCAACCUUUAAAGUUUGAUCUUGGUGAAUUUGCUAUUACUCCUAUCAUCUAA